CCGAGGCCGCCGGCCCUCAGGGCGGCCCCGCGGCGAGGCCUCCCCGCGCCCCGCUCCCUGGACGUCUUCUCAGGCCCCCGGCCCGCCGAGGCGGGGCGUGCGGGCCGGGACCGUCGGGGACCUCUGGGUCGCCUCUCGCGGUGCUGAAGACGGCCGUGGAGAGCCUGAGGACCCCGCGGCCCAGGCCCUGUCGUGGCGGUGGGCGAAGCCGAAGGUCCCCCGGGCUGCAUUUUACCUGGCUUGUCAUUUCGCCUCGCCAGUCGACAGGCGGGGGUGCUGCUGGCUCCGGGCUUUGCAGAUGAGGAAGCGGAGGCCCAGAGAGGUGGAGUCACCUGCCCAAGGUCACACAGCUGUGAGGAGCACAGCACCCCCAGGUUAUUUGGCCCCGGAGCCCUGGUGUCCAGCGCUGAGCCGCCCACAUCCACACUCGAUGUCCCCCUGCUUCCAGACGGAAACUCUCUCUACUGAGGGUAGACGACGGGUCGGGGCCGAGAAGCCGCCUGCUUGUCCCCUCUGAGGCUCCCAGCGACUUCGCAGAGACGCGGUUUCCUCCCACCUUACAGAUGGAGAAACUUAACAGAGCGGCUGCAGAAGAUGUCAAUGUUACUUUUGAAGAUCAACAAAAGAUAAACAAAUUUGCACGGAACACGAGUAGAAUCACAGAGCUGAAGGAGGAAAUAGAAGUUAAAAAGAAACAACUCCAGAAUUUGGAAGAUGCUUGUGAGGACAUCAUGCUUGCAGAUGAUGAUUGCUUAAUGAUACCUUAUCAAAUUGGUGAUGUUUUCAUUAGUCAUUCUCAAGAAGAAACACAGGAAAUGUUAGAAGAAGCAAAGAAAAAUUUGCAAGAAGAAAUCGACGCCUUAGAAGCCAGAGUGGAAUCAAUUCAGCGAGUGUUAGCGGAUCUGAAAGUUCAGUUAUAUGCAAAAUUUGGGAGCAACAUAAACCUCGAAGCUGAUGACAUUGCUGUUUGGAGGUGGCGAAAGCACUUUAGAAAGACCCCAUCCGGGGCUCCUGGGUGGCUCAGUGGUUAAAGCCUCUGCCUUCGGCUCAGGUCAUGAUCUCAGGGUCCUGGGAUCAAGUCCUGCAUCGGGCUCUCUGCUCAACAGGGAGCUGCCUCCUCCUCCUGUCUCUCUCUGCCUGCCUCUCUGCCUACUUGUGAUCUGUCUGUCAAAUAAAUGAAAAAGAAACGAAAGACCCCA